AAAUUAUUUGCAAAGAAACUUCGGAAUAAAAGCUAAAAUGAAUGAACGCGGGCGAAUGAAGUUUUGCUCCACUUUUUUUUAACAGUAGGUAUAUUUUCGUCGCCGGAGGGAAGCUCGUACAACGAUACAUUUUGAGGACGUUAUUCAUCGCGUUUCUGUACCGAAUAUGGAUGAUAAAAGACAGCCGUAUUUUUCUGACAAUAUGGACGACGAUGUUCAAAACAAUACUUUAGAAGAAAUGGAUUUUCAAGAGCGUCGGUUUGGGUCACAAGCCGAGGUCAUACCUACUAGAAAAUCUUACACUUCAUUAUGGUUGUUUAAAGAAACAAAUCCAUUCCGAAUUCGAUGCAGAAAUAUUGUCGAGUCUAAACCUUUCGAUUAUUUUAUCUUGGCGACGAUAUUUGCAAACUGUGUUUUACUAGCAAUGAAUAAACCUCUUCCUAAAGACGACAAAAGUGAAACGAACGAAAGAAUUGAAAAAGCUGAAAUAUACCUAUUGGCAAUUUUUGGUUUUGAAUGCAUCAUGAAAAUCAUCGCAUUUGGAUUUCUACUUCAUCCUGGUUCAUAUUUGCGAAAUGGAUGGAAUGUUUUAGACUUUGUUGUAGUAAUCACAGGGUUUCUCAGUCUGCCACAGUUAUCUUUGAAUAUAAAUGCUGGAAGCUUGAAAGCUUUAAGGGCAAUAAGAGUUCUCAGACCAUUGAAGCUUGUCUCCGGCAUUCCCAGUUUGCAAGUUGUUAUGAAGUCUAUAAUGUGCGCCAUUAGCCCGCUGCUUCAGAUCUGUCUUCUUGUUGGAUUCGUCAUCGUGCUCUACGCCAUCAUUGGUUUACAAUUUCUGAAUGGGUCUUUUCACCGAGUGUGUGUUGAGGAAAACUCAACUGUUUUACCGGAAGCGGACGACCUUGAGAUAUGUGGUAAAAAGAAUGGUUAUGGAAAGAAUUGUCCUGACGGAGAAGAAUGUAAAGAACUAUGGAAAGCGGGACCAAAUGAUGGCAUUACGAAUUUUGAUAAUAUAUUUCUUGCAAUGCUUACUGUGUUCCAAGUUAUAACUAACGAAGGAUGGACAGAUAUAAUGUACUGGUCAUUCAAUGCGUUAGAUGACAACGCUUACUACUUUUGGUUCUUUUAUUAUUCUCUCGUUGUUAUUGGCUCAUUUUUUAUGUUAAACUUGGUUCUGGGUGUUCUUAGUGGAGAGUUCGCAAAGGAAAGAGAGAGAGUAGAAAAUCGUAAAGCAUUUUUGAAAGUAAGAAGAUCAGAGCAAGUUGAGCGACAAGUUACUGGUUAUUUAGAUUGGUUGAGUAAAGCAGAGGAUAUUAUAAUGGAAGAGGAAGAAAAUGGCGAUGUGAUGGAUUUUGAAAGAUACGAAGGAGGUGUGGCCAUGACGUCAGAUGUACUUGCUCGAAGAAGGCAUAAUGCCAAAAUUGAUGAAGGAUUUUGGAAGAAUUUGAUACGUCGCAAUAAGCGAUGGCGGGUAAAAAUGCGUCACGUGGUGAAACAUCAAGCUUUUUAUUGGUUAAUUAUCACGUGUGUGUUUCUCAACACUGUAAGCGUAGCUAUGUUACAUUACAAACAACCUGAUUGGUUGACACAAAUGCAAGAUAUUGCUGAAGCGAUAUUUUUGAGUUUCUUUUUUGUUGAGAUGUGCCUUAAGAUUUAUGGUCUUGGAUUUCAAAUUUAUUUCAAUUCCCAAUUUAACAGAUUUGACUUCAUCAUUGUUUGGUGCAGUAUUGUUGAGUAUAUUUUGUCCAAAGUUGAAGGAAUAAAUCUUGGUAUAUCAGUACUAAGAUCACUUCGUUUACUGCGAUUGUUUAAAUUUACAAGAUAUUGGUCGUCACUUCGUAAUCUUAUAACAUCUCUACUGGGAAGCAUAAAGUCAAUUCUCAGUUUAUUAUUCCUUUUGUUUCUCUUCAUUCUUAUUUUUGCGCUACUUGGAAUGCAAUUAUUUGGCGCACAGUUCAAGUUGUAUCGUGAGGAAAAUCCCCGUACGAAUUUCGAUGACUUUGGAAACGCCAUUUUGGCCGUUUUUCAAAUUCUUACUGGGGAGGACUGGAAUGCAGUGAUGUAUGAUGGCGUGGUUUCUCGUGGCGGACCGCAGUCUGCAGCUGGACUCGCUGCUUCCUUGUAUUUUGUUCUUCUGGUUGUGUUGGGAAAUUAUACGUUAUUGAACGUCUUCUUGGCUAUCGCAGUAGAUAAUUUGGCAAAUGCUCAGCAGCUGAGCGAGGAUGAAGAAGCCGAGGAACUAGCCAGGGAAGAAAAAAAGCGAGAGAUCAAGGCGGAAUUCAUGAAAACAAUCAGGAACAAUGGUCAUGCUACUAACACUGCAAUGGAUAUUGAUGGUCAUCAAAGGACUGGAAAUGAGUUUGAACAAGACGAUGAUGGUCAACUACGAAAUUCAAGCAUUAUGCAAACGUUGAAGAACCCCGAAAGAAUUGUUCCAUUUCACACGGAACCAUCUAUAAUCAACACAAAGACGUUUUUUAUCUUCUCUCCAACAAAUCCUGUUCGUAGAAUAACUCACAGGAUAGUGAAUUUUCCAAAUUUUGACAAUGCAAUAUUGGUUUGCAUCCUUAUAAGUAGCGUUUUAUUGGCUUGUGAAGACGUCGUCAAUGAAGAAGCUAAAAUUAACAAGGUUCUGCUUUAUUUUGACUACGUUUUCACGACUAUAUUUGCGUUUGAAGUUGUCGUAAAGAUGAUCGAUUAUGGUGUGGUGCUUCACAAAGGUUCAUAUCUUAGAGACGGAUGGAAUUUCAUUGAUGCUUUGGUUGUGUGCGCUGCUAUUGCUUCAUUAGUUUUGGUAUCAAAUCCAAAUUCCUCACCAGACGCUCAGAAGAUCGUGAAACUACUUCGCGUUCUUCGUGUUUUACGUCCUCUCAAGGCUGUGAAUAAAUCUGAAAAUCUUAAGGCUGUGUUCCAGUGUAUUGUUUUCUCUCUCAAGAAUGUCAUGAAUAUUUUACUUAUUACAAUGCUUUUCUUAUUUAUAUUUGCUUGCAUCGGAGUUCAACUCUUUCAAGGAAAAUUUUUUUCCUGUAACGAUAAGUCCAAGAUGACUGAAGAAGAAUGCAAAGGUGUUUUUUUCGAAUACAAGAGCGACCUUAGUGAUAUUGAUAAUCCUACGGAUAGCGCACGGAAGUGGUCAAAACAAGCUUGGCAUUUUGAUAAUGUGUUUUACGCUAUGAGUACCCUGUUUGCUUCUUCUACAGGCGAAGGAUGGCCUGCUGUGAUGCAAUCGGCAAUUGACGCCACCGACAUCGACCGAGGACCAAUCGUGAACAAUCAAAUCGAAGUGUCUUUGUAUUUCAUUCUGUUCGUCGUCAUUUUCUCAUUUUUCUUCAUCAACAUUUUUGUCGCUUUAAUUAUUCUUACAUUCCAAGACGAAAAAGAAAAGGAGCAGGGGAACUGUGAACUAGAGAGAAAUCAGCGCGACUGUCUUCAUAUUGCUAUAAUAAAGAAACCAAUCCAACGUUUCAUGCCGGAUAAUCCAAACGCGCCUCGUUAUCGUGUAUGGCAAAUUGUUGAUUCAGCACCAUUUGAAUAUUUCAUUAUGUUACUUAUUAUUCUCAACACGUUGACCAUGAUGAUGAAGUAUUACAAUGAAUCUGCUACAUAUCGCAUGUAUCUGGACAGAUUUAAUGAAGUUUUUACCUUUUUAUUCACGUUGGAGGCUGUUUUAAAGUUGUAUGUUUUCAGAUUGAACUAUUUCCGUGAUGGCUGGAAUUGCUUUGAUUUCGUUAUCGUAUUGGGAAGUCUGUUGGAUUUUAUAUUGACUCAUGCAUCUCCGAGCGGCGACCUUCCCUUUGACGUGAGCAUGUUCAGAUUGUUCCGUGCUGCGAGAUUAGUCAAGUUAUUAAAACGAGGUUAUACCAUUCGAAUACUGUUGUGGACAUUUCUUCAAUCUUUUAAAUCUCUUCCUUAUGUUGGAAUUAUGAUUGCACUGUUAUUUUUCAUUUAUGCCAUCAUUGGUAUGCAGUUAUUUGGUAAAAUCGCCACAGACUCCGAGGAUAUAACAUCUAGAAACAAUUUUAGAAGUUUCUUCCCUGCUAUACAAGUUCUAUUUCGAGCUUCUACUGGUGAAAAUUGGCAUAACAUCAUGUUAGCGUGUGACUCUAAUGCUCCAUGUACAAGACGCAGUCCCAUCGAUGACUGGGAAAAAUGUGGCACUCCAUUUACAUAUCUAUACUUCAUUAGUUUUGUAUUUUUGUGUUCGUUUUUGAUGCUAAACCUGUUUGUUGCUGUUAUCAUGGAUAACUUUGAAUAUCUUACUCGCGAUGAAUCCAUUCUCGGUCCACAUCAUUUGGACGAGUUUGUAAGAGUUUGGGCAGAAUUUGAUCCAGCUGCAACAGGUCGUAUUAAACAUACAGAAGUUUGUCAGUUACUACGUCAAAUGGUACCGCCUGUUGGUAUUGGUAUGAAAUGUCCAAAGAUUGUUGCGUAUAAGCGUCUUAUUAAGAUGAAUAUGCCACUUGAUGCAGAUGGGACAGUGGAGUUUACGGCGACAUUGUUUGCUUUAGUGAGAACUGCACUUGGUAUUCUCACAGAUCAUAAUAAUCUGAAGAAGAACGAUAAAGAAAUGAUUGCGUUACUCAAAAAAGCUUGGCCAAAGCUCACGAAGAAUACUUUAGACAAAAUAUUACCAAAACCACCAAGAAAUACAGGCACCAUGCAGAUGACUGUAGGGAAAAUAUACUGCGCAAAGUUGAUCUACGAAAAUUAUAAAUUUUUGAAAAAGAAAGGGGACGCUCAGGAUGGCGCUAAUCUUUUCAAUCGAUUUGUUGGUGGUAAUGGUUUUAGAAAUGUACAUAAUAGUCCAGAUUUGGAGAGAAGGGAGGAUAUCCCAAUGAGACCUCUACAAUCCACUGCUACUCCUGCAGAUAUCUCCCAUCAAAGAUUCUUACCACCUUCCUUAUUAUCGCCGCAAAGUAGGCAGCAUUCACACAGUUCAAUAAAUAAUUCAUCACCUGUGCCACGAUUUGCUGGGGACAGCGAUAUCUCAGAGAAUGGUUACCAUCCAAGUAUCAAUCAGCACAUUGCUAUGGCAAUCAGAAGUGGUAAGAGUCCGUAUGCCAUAUAUGGACUGCAGGAUAUUGAUGAUGGAGAUGAUUGGUGUUAAAAUGAAGAGAAUUGAAAAUCCAUACCCAAUCAACGUCAAAUGAUGAUCUUGAAAACCGAAAUGAACAUCGCCUAUUUAAAAGAUAUGGACAAUUUUUUGUCUGGGCGUCAAAGAUGAUGCAGGUGUAAGUUGCUAUUCAAGGACUUCCAUACUCAUAAAUGCUUCAAACAUUCGAACAAACUUCUUUGUGUCACGUGGUGUAUAGUACAACGCCCUGAUUGAUAGAACGUUCGCUGGAACUUAAUUGCACAAAAGGUAAAAAUAGUUAGAACAUGGGAAGAUUAGUUUAAUAGAACAUAAUUGUGACGUAGUAGUAAAAUGCUUUUUAUCACAUAUCUAAAAUAUUUAUUAAGGUGUAUUUAUGUUAAAACUCCGACACCUUGUUGUAAUUAGUUUUUAACGAAAAUUAAAUAGAAUCAAUCGGUAAAUUUUAAAUUUGCAUUUCUUAAAAAAAUUCAACACCUUUUGUAAGUAUUGUAAAUAAAAUCACCCAAUAAAAAUUCUUGUUAUGGA